UCUCGAGCAGAACGCGCGCGCGCCACGCUCGCUCGCCGCGCCCUCCGCGCUCGCCGGCACGACCCUCGCUUCGAUCGCGGGCUCCAUAGUCCCGGACGACGCGCGGCACCGCGCGACUCGCCUCCUCCGACACACACUCCCUACAAUCGACACACUCGACCGACCCAUUCGAAACCCCCGAAGCACCCGUAACCCACCACCACCCUGGACUCGCCAGGAGAGCUGGUCACACGCUCCUCGGACGGGAACACGUGGCUCCAGAAUCGAUAGCCGAGAUAUCCCUCCUCGACGUACCAUCCUCCUCAAGGUCACGCGGGGAGGUAAACAUCACUUUCAUUCAUAAUUUUAAAGCAAUAAAUAUUCUGUACCCUAUGAUGAUCAACGUGUUUUAGAUUACACGAGAACGCGAGAGUAGGAAUUUACUUUUUGGUGAUAUACUGUGAUAUAUAAAUGUAAGUUGAAGACAACUUUAGAGAUAUGUAUUGAUCACAUUAAGAAAAUCCCAAACUCGUGUGUUUGCAUCGAUUUGUGUAAGUGCAUGACAUCCAGUGACCCAUUUUCGCAACUUCGACAUUCAGCAGCCCAGCACCGUUUGGCAAUAGGCCAUUAAGCAGAGUGUGGGUGUCGUCGGCGGAUGCGGCGGCGGCGCUCGUCGCCAUGAGCUAGCGGUAUGGUGGGCGAGGGGGCGGGCCGCGGCGCCGCGCGCUGCCACGUGGGCGACUCGCCCCCGCGCGCGCCCAUGGGCUUCGCGGCGCCCGCGCAAGAUGCGCCGCUCGACCGCGGCCUGGCGCCGGCGCCCGCGCCUCCCGUCGUCAGCGCCGCGUUGCAGCGGGCUCACUCCAGGUCGAUGUCAUCGUUACCGCCGGAGCCGUUCAUGAUGCUCCGCGCAAAGGCGCUGAGCAAGCGUGUGAUCAUCAACGUGGGCGGCGUGCGCCACGAGGUGCUCUGGCGCACGCUCGAACGGCUUCCGCACACCAGGCUCGGCCGGCUCAGAGACUGCAACACACAUGAAGCCAUCACCGAACUCUGCGAUGACUACUCCCUCCAGGAUAACGAAUAUUUUUUCGACAGGCAUCCAAAAAGUUUCAGUUCCAUCCUGAACUUUUAUCGGACUGGGAAGUUGCAUUUAGUAGACGAAAUGUGUGUGUUAGCGUUCAGUGACGACCUCGAGUACUGGGGUGUGGACGAGCUAUACCUGGAGUCGUGUUGCCAGCACAAGUACCACCAGAGGAAGGAACACGUGCACGAGGAGAUGAGGAAAGAGGCCGAGAGUCUCCGACAACGCGAGGAGGAGGAAUUCGGUCAGGGGACCUGCGCGCAGUACCAGAAGUGGCUCUGGGACCUCCUCGAGAAACCCAACACGAGUCUCGCCGCCAGGGUGAUCGCGGUGAUCUCAAUCCUCUUCAUCGUGCUGUCCACGAUAGGGCUCACUCUCAACACGAUACCCCAGAUGCAAGUGUACGACGAGAAGGGCGCGCCCAUGGACAACCCGCAGCUGGCCAUGGUCGAGGCUGUGUGCAUCACGUGGUUCACACUCGAGUACGUGCUGCGGUUUAGUGCCUCGCCGGAUAAGUGGAAGUUCUUCAAGGGCGGACUCAAUGUGAUAGACUUGCUGGCGAUAUUGCCCUAUUUCGUAUCUCUCUUCCUGCUCGAAACAAAUAAAAACGCGACGGACCAGUUUCAAGAUGUGCGUCGAGUAGUUCAAAUCUUCCGUAUCAUGCGAAUUUUGCGUAUUCUCAAACUCGCCCGCCACUCAACCGGGUUGCAGUCGCUCGGGUUCACGCUCAGAAACUCAUACAAGGAGCUCGGCCUGCUCAUGUUGUUCCUCGCAAUGGGAGUGCUCAUAUUCUCCUCACUAGCCUAUUUCGCCGAGAAGGAAGAGCCGGGAACUAAAUUUAUUUCCAUUCCGGAAACAUUCUGGUGGGCCGGCAUCACCAUGACCACAGUCGGAUACGGUGACAUUUACCCCACGACCCCGUUGGGCAAGGUCAUCGGCUCAGUUUGCUGUAUUUGCGGCGUGUUGGUAAUUGCGUUACCCAUCCCCAUUAUCGUCAACAAUUUCGCCGAGUUUUACAAGAACCAGAUGCGGCGCGAGAAGGCUCUGAAGCGACGCGAGGCGCUCGAGCGCGCCAAGCGCGAGGGCUCCAUCGUGUCCUUCCACCACAUCAACCUGCGCGACGCCUUCGCCAAGAGCAUGGACCUCAUCGACGUGAUCGUCGACACAGGACACAACCUGUCGCAGGGGGACGCCACUAGCCUGGAGGGCGAGCAGCCGGCCAUCACGGGCUGCUACAAGCAGUACGAACACACCAUCAACAAUAGGAUACCACAAAGUACUGAUCCCAACCAGUUUCAGAGCAGCCCUCAGAAAGAGCGGCGCUACUCCAUCGAGGGCCCCGACACUCCGGAGAAACGCUUGCUCAUAAACCCCGACCCGACACCAGAAAAGAAGAUGGCUGACAAACAGCUUGACUUGGAACAGCUGCCUUCUGAGUUUGAAUGUUGUUUUUGCACGUUCAAGGGUUACAAGGAGUUUAUAGACGCGGAGCAGCUGAUGCCGAUGUCGACGUCGGACCUGCGGCAGCCGGUGUGCGUGGAGCUGGCGUGCCUGCAGCGGCACCCCGCGCCGCGCGCGCUGCCUGAGGCCACGCCCAACAGCCUCGACAGCCCCGAUACAUUUGCAUCAUGCCUUACGCACCCUUUUCCUUCAGAGGGCGACAUCGCAUGCGAGAACGACUCUUCAAACUUGUAUGUGAAUCCUCUGGACGGUAGCGGAGGCGCGGGCGGGCCGCCCGCGGGGGGCGGGGUAUCGGAGUACGGGGGGGUGCGCAGGAGCGCGUCCGGGGACGGGAGCGUGUUGUGUGCGAAGGGUUCGCAGGCCGAGGGCUCGCCGCGCGGCUCGCGGGGCAGCCUGGCGGCCGCGGGCGCUGCGGGGGCGGCGCUGGCGGGCGCGGGCCGCGCGCUCGACGGCUCGCGCACCAGCCUGCCGCAGCCGCUCGAAGACGCGCCCGCCGCCCCCGACGACGCGAAGCCCAAACAUAGGAAAGCGCGCUUUCAACAGGAGUGGUCGGAGGAGGAGAAGAGGCCGCCGAGAGGGAUAGCCACGAGGAUCAUCAACCAUCACAUCCUGUUUGGUAAGAACGGCAACAAACGCGGCGGCGGUUGGCCGCUGGAGGGCGACUCGCGCGCGCGCUCCAUCCUCAAGAACAAGGAGGCGCGCGGCACCGACAGCGAGCUGCUGCUGCAGGACUCUGCCUCGCUCGGCGCUAAUGGUGAUUCUGGCAGCGAGUCAUCACCGAUCCGACUGAAAGACUUCAAAGGGCAGAACCACAAAGCUGGGGCUCCGGAGAGGGACAACAUGGUGACGUAGUCGCACCACCCCGCCACACGCGCCGCCACGCCACGCAACGCGACCACGCGCGACGACACUCGACGACUCGCGACCACGCAUGCCCACUCGAGCGAACUCUACCACAUAAGUACGUUAAUACUUAGAACGCAAUAACAUUAUUAAAUUAUUAAAAUAAUUUAACAUAUCAUUGGGCGAUUGUGACUGCUUGUUGAAUAGAAGAUUUCAUUUCGUAGGGUUAUAAAAUAAAUAUUGUAAAAAUAUAUUACUUAAUUGUAAUAACCGUUCAUUCCAAUCGAAAAGUUGAAGGUACCUAUUUGUUAAGUUUUUUUACGUGCAAUUAUUAAUUGCUAAUUCUAAUUUAAGCUAUAUAGUUUGUACAGCAUAGUUGAUGAAAAAAGAAGCAAUUAUUAAAAUUAAAGAUUUUCUGAAAUUGUU